UAUAACAACAAAAAUAAUAUAAACAAUAAAAUUGUCAGAUAUUUAGGGUUCUCACAAAUCACAGGACACUUGGCUCCUCUUGUUCUUUUCUGGGUUUCUUCAUUUUCUUCUCUCUCCAAUUGCUCUCUCCAGAAAAACAUAACCAUUUUAAUUCCACCCAAAAAAAAAAACAUUUUAUUUUAAUAUCGAUCAAAUUCAAAUACCCUCAAAAAUUAAAAUAAAAGGGUAAAAAAAUAAAUAAAUUUUUUAGAGUGUGAUUUUUUCAACUUCCAUUAUCUUCCGCAGAUUGAAUCUAGUCACAACCACCCUUUUUCUCUCUCUUCAAUGCUCUCAUUUAUUUCUCAAAAACCCCACAAUUUUUAGCUUUCUGGGUAUUUCUUUAAUUUCGAUAAUCACAAUAUAAUUUCUCAAAAAAAUAAAUUUCCACUACUAAGUAAGAGAGAGAAAAAAACAAGAAAAAAGCUUCAUUUUUCGUUUUCAUGGCGGUGUACACGGUGGGGACACCACUGUGCACGUGGCUGGUGGCGGCGUGCAUGUCCGUUGGUUGCGGCGGUGGUGGUGGAAGAGAUGUUGGUGCAUCUUCUCUCUCCUCAAGAAGUCGCAAGAAAAGAGCAAUGGAGUUUAAAUGCAAUGCUAAGAUGUUAAAGGCAUUUGAACCUUGUGAUGAAUACUAUAAUAAUGGUAGUUUUUAUAAUCUUGGUAAUAAUAAUGGUGAUUUUCGUGGGUUUUCUUCGAUUUUUGGAUCCAAUUUUGGGUAUAUGAAUAGAAGGCAAAGGCGGAGUAAUCGAGCUCUACAUUCAGGAAGAGCCAUGGCUGUGGCAGUUGAGCCUUCAAUGGAAGUUACAUCUAAUAAGAAGCCUGUUACAAAACAGAGGCGAGUAGUUGUGACAGGGAUGGGAGUGGUUUCCCCGUUAGGACAUGAAAUAGAUGUCUUCUACAAUAACUUGCUCGAGGGUGUCAGCGGCAUAAGUGAGAUAGAGACUUUUGAUUGUGCCAGUUUUCCUACAAGAAUUGCUGGAGAAAUCAAGUCUUUUUCUACUGAAGGUUGGGUUGCACCUAAGCUUUCGAAGAGAAUGGACAAGUUCAUGCUGUAUAUGCUUACUGCUGGAAAGAAAGCCUUGGUGGAUGCUGGACUUACAGAGGAAAUUAUGAAUGAUAUAAACAAAACAAAAUGUGGUGUUCUGAUUGGUUCUGCAAUGGGUGGCAUGAAGGUUUUUAAUGAUGCAAUAGAAGCUCUCCGUAUUUCAUACAAGAAGAUGAAUCCGUUUUGUGUGCCAUUUGCAACAACAAAUAUGGGAUCUGCCAUGUUGGCAAUGGACUUGGGGUGGAUGGGCCCAAAUUAUUCAAUCUCUACUGCUUGUGCAACUAGCAACUUUUGUAUACUUAGUGCAGCAAACCAUAUUAUUAGAGGGGAAGCUGAUUUGAUGCUCUGUGGUGGCUCAGAUGCAGCAAUAAUACCAAUUGGCUUGGGAGGAUUUGUAGCUUGCAAAGCACUUUCACAGAGGAACAAUGAUCCUACCAAAGCAUCGCGCCCUUGGGAUAUGAAUCGUGAUGGGUUUGUUAUGGGGGAAGGCGCUGGUGUUUUGCUUCUGGAAGAAUUAGAACAUGCUCUGGCAAGAGGUGCUGAAAUCUAUGCCGAAUUUUUGGGUGGUAGUUUCACUUGUGAUGCCUAUCAUGUGACUGAGCCUCACCCAGAAGGGGUUGGAGUUACGCUCUGCAUUAAGAAAGCCUUAGCUGAAGCUGGUCUUGCCAAGGAAGAUAUCAAUUAUAUAAAUGCACAUGCUACAUCAACUCCGAAUGGUGAUCUUAAGGAAUACCAAGCCUUGGUUCGCUGUUUUGGUGAUAAUCCUGAGGUGAGAAUAAACUCUUCAAAGUCCAUGACUGGCCACCUACUUGGAGCAGCUGGUGGUAUUGAAGCUGUUGCAACUGUACAGGCAAUACGGACAGGAUGGCUACAUCCAAAUGUCAACCUUGAAAAUCCAGAUGAAGGCGUGGACACUAAGUUGCUCGUUGGUCCAGAGAAAGAAAGAAUGGACAUCAAAGCAGCUUUGUCCAAUUCGUUUGGGUUUGGUGGACAGAAUUCUUCAAUCGUAUUUGCUCCUUACAAGUAGAUCAUUUUUGCUACCGUAGCCACACUUAAUAAUGGUGCUGAUUAUAUCAGGGGUGCGAAUUGAUGGUUUGUUACAACUUGAUAAAAAAAAAAGUGCAGAUUGCUAAUAUCUAACCUUGCAUUCCUAGAAGGCAUAUAGAUGGCAGAAGUGCGUAAGGUGAUGCUUUUACAUAAAGGCAUGCUCAAUAUGAGGGAAAGUUAAAUGCAGCCUGCUGGCGACAAGAGGACUUGCUUCUGGAGCAGAUUUAUUGUCACUCUCACUAUACUUGGCACUUUAUACCGCUCCACAAGAUAUGAAUAUCCGCUACUUAAAACUGCUGUUGGUUUGUUGGUGUACAAGUGUAAUUGAAUGGGUUUUGAUAUUCAUAGCGAGUUUUAGAAUAGAAUUUUACAUUCCAGUUAGUUACUGAUGAAUGUUGAGACUUUUCUGUCUUUGAUGCUCAACACUCAUGUGCGCUCUCUCAAUCAUUACUUGACGGGAAGGUGUUGGAGAGGUGCUGCACUUAUUUGAUGCAUCUGCUGUUGGGUAGAUUUAGAUUCAAUAGUGGUGUCAAAUAGUGUAAUUUUUUUUUUCUCAUCUGAAUUGAUAACUGAAACAAAGGUGUAUGCCAUUUAUUGAUGCUAUAUCUACAACUCCUACAAGCAAGUUAAACAUUGAUACACUAUUUGUUGAUACUUGUAAUUUGAGUUGUUAAGCCACAUUGAACGCUCCUGCUACCAUGAACUACAAAGUGAGGUUUCAAUCA